CCCUUUGUUCUGACUGCAGAAAAGCAGGGGGUUCCGAUGCCAAGCAGUGCUGCCUGGGACAGACGCUGCCACGGAUCACUGCAGCUGCCUGCACUCUGGACCACGACCUCUGAGAGCAGCAGGUGAGGGCCGGUGGGCAGCAGCUUGGAGACUCCGCGAGGUGCAGGGACGCAGGCAUGGCUAGUGAGCUGACUUCUGAGCAGGUGGCCAAGUACAAGCAGGCCUUCUCUAAGGUCGACACGGAUGGAAACGGCUCUAUCAACGCCCAGGAGCUGGGCACGGCGCUGAAGGCCCUGGGCCACAAUUUGUCGGAGGACCAGCUAGAGGAGAUCAUCGCCACCUUGGACAGCGACGGCGACGGCGAAAUCAGCUUCCCGGAGUUCCUGGAGGCGGUGAAGAAGUCCAAGAUCGGCCUGGAGGAACUGCAGGCCGCCUUCCGUGUCUUCGACCUGGACGGCGACGGCCACAUCACCGUGGACGAGCUCAAGCAGGCCAUGGAGAAGCUGGGGGAGCAGCUGUCACAGGAGGAGCUGGAUGCCAUGAUCCGCGAGGCCGACGUGGACCAGGAUGGGCGUGUGAACUACGAGGAGUUCGCGAGGAUGCUCUCCCAGAAGUGAGGCUCCCAGCUUCGUUCUGCCCCGCCUGGUGGCCCGCUGCCCUCUGAGCCUUUGUGGCUGCCUGCUUCUGCUGCUUUUGUGCUGGCACUUUUCCAGGGAAGCCUGGUCGGUGGAUGGGAAACUGCCUCCUCCUGGGAGGAAGGCUUUGCGCUCUGGGGCCUGGAUUCGGCGCCCUUGGGCCGCCUACAAGCCCCUCUCUGCUUUUGGACCUUGGGCAGAAGGUGGCCUCCUUGGGCCUGGUCCCUCUUUGCCCUGCAGUGGAAUGGGGCUCCCCAGCUCGGGGCUGCCCUGAGGGUCCCUCAGCCCCGCAAUGUUCUAAAUAAAGGACUGCCACAUCCCA